GAUACUGGACCUUGUAUAUCUACCUGAACGUUCCCUAAGUUACCACAUUCCCGUGAAACCGUGAAGCCGCCUGCCACCUGCAAUCCCUCAUGACUCGUACCAUCAGCCAGGUUCUUCAUCCGGCUUUCACCAUGGCCACCAGUCAGCGACCCGCAGUCCGAUUCCUCGACAUUCGGGGCGAUAAAUCCGGCCAGUCCCUUCUCAGCAUGCUCAAGGAGUCUCUUGAUCCGCCAAACAAGCAGCCGAGGAGCUUCCCUACUCUGCUUCUUUACGAUGAGAAGGGCUUGAAGAUCUUCGAGGAGAUCACAUAUCUGGAUGAAUACUAUCUUACCAACGCCGAGAUCGAGGCUCUUGAAACACACGCUCGAGAGAUAGCGACUCAGAUCCCCCGGAACUCCCGCAUCGUUGAGCUUGGAAGCGGAAAUCUCCGCAAAAUUAACAUCCUCUUGGAAGCUUUUGAGGCUGCUAAGAAAAAUGUCGACUACUACGCUUUGGAUCUCUCGUUUCCUGAACUCCAGCGCACUUUCGCAGAGAUCGAUACUAGCAGAUACCAACAUGUCUCUUUCAAUGCUUUACAUGGGACCUAUGAUGAUGCUCUGACCUGGUUGUCGAACUCCAGCGGCGAUCAGUCGACCUGUGUCAUGACCAUGGGCUCAUCCCUAGGCAACUUUUCGCGACAGGAUGCUGCUGGAUUUCUCACCAAGAUCAAGUCUGUCCUUGGGCCUGCCGAUCUCAUUCUUGUUGGGCUGGAUGCCUGCCAGGACCCCCAACGUGUUUUUAAAGCUUACAAUGAUUCCCAGUUGGUGACGGAGAGGUUCUAUAGGAAUGGUCUCGAUCACGCCAACUCACUCCUCGGCUAUGAAGUUUUCCGACAAGAGGACUGGUCAGUCGAAGGUCGGUACGACGAGCAGCUGGACAGGCACCACGCAACCUACCUGGCUCGGAAAGACAUUAUAACGAAAGACUUUAGCUUUAAGAGAGGGGAAAGACUCCCUUUCGAAGAGUCCUUCAAGUACUCAGAAGCCCAGAGUGAUCAACUGUGGCAUGACAGUGGCCUGGUCCAGCAGAUGGCGUUUGGGAACAAAAGUGCUGACUACUUCAUUCAUCUCUUGUCCCCAGCAGCCAUCAAUUUUGCUACAAAGCCUGCCGAGUAUGCAACUAACCCCAUCCCAUCUUCAGAUGACUGGCAGCAAUUGUGGACUGCUUGGGAUGUUGUCACGAGGUCUAUGAUACCCAAGGAUGAGCUUUUGAAUAAGCCAAUCAAGUUGCGAAACGACUUGAUUUUCUACUUGGGGCAUAUUCCCACCUUUGCUGAUAUCCAUUUCACAAAGGCAACAGACGGCAAGCCAACGGAACCGGCAUCAUAUUGGUCAAUUUUCGAGCGUGGGAUUGAUCCUGACGUCGACAACCCAGAACUUUGCCAUGACCAUAGUGAAGUGCCAGAUUCUUGGCCGGCUCUCAAUGACAUCUUGACAUAUGCAAAGCGUGUUCGCUCACGCAUUGCCGACAGUCUCGAAUCUGGCCAGGCAGUUCAAGAUCGGAGACUUGGCCGGGGACUCUGGCUUGCAUAUGAGCACGAGGCAAUGCAUUUGGAAACGUUUUUGUACAUGCUACUUCAAAGUGACAGGAUCUUGCCACCUCCUGGAACGGAGAGACCCGACUUUAGGCAGAUAGCAGACGAGGCCAGAGCAAAUCGAGUUGCAAACAAAUUCCAUCGAAUUCCAGCAGCAGAGGUCACCCUCGGUCUGGAUGAUCCGGAGAAUCACCAUGGACCGGAUAGAUAUUUUGGAUGGGACAAUGAACGACCUUCCCGCACUGUCUCGGUGGCGGCAUUCGAGGCUCAGAGCAGACCCAUCAGCAAUGGUGAUUACGCAUACUACCUGGAAGUCACCGGCAAUUCGUCACUCCCGGCUUCCUGGAUCGCAAGACGGUCAGUUUUGAACGGUGUCAAUGGCGCGGUAUCCAAUGGAGAAGUCGGCAGAGAGGUGGUAUCAUCCGAAUUCCUCGGUGAUAAGGCCCUGAGAACUGUAUGGGGGCCUUUGCCACUCAAACACGCACUGGACUGGCCCGUGAUGGCUUCUUACGAUGAAUUGGCCGCUUAUGCCAAGUGGGCCAACGGAAGGAUCCCAACCUUGGAAGAAGCUCGCAGCAUCUAUCACCAUGUCGAGAGCCGAAAGGAUACAUUGGAGAAAGUGCCGAGCAAGCUGAUCUCCGCAGUGAACGGUCAUCUCUCAAACGAAGGCGUAGAAGAAACACCACCGUCCAACCAAUCAUCAGGGGAGGCUGCCAAUGGCAGCCUUCCCCCAAACCCCAAUGAGCUCUUUGUUGAUCUCAACAACUGUCCUGUUGGCUUCAAGACUUGGACCCCACAGCCUAUCACCCACAGCAGCUCUCUCAGAGGCCAAGCAGAUGUAGGCGGGCUGUGGGAAUGGACCAGUACCCCACUUGCGCCAUAUGAUGGAUUCAAGGCCAUGGACCUGUAUCCCGGCUACACGGCCGACUUUUUUGACGGCAAACACAACAUUUGCCUCGGAGGCAGCUGGGCUACUAUUCCCCGAAUCGCCGGGAGAAAGACAUUUGUCAAUUGGUAUCAACGCAACUAUCCAUAUGUGUGGUGUACCGCCAGACUUGUCAGAGAUAUUGCUGAGUAGAUCGGUCCGAGAGAACCGAGAAGAUGGCGAUUCACAAAAUGUGUGCACCCGUUCCUCCACCAUCGACAACAGCCAAAGAUUAACGAUUAGGGAACGCACUAAGGCGAGACACUGUACUUGACUUGUCGCUGGUGCGUCUCGGCUACACAAUCCUGGAUAUCUCGGAACAUUUGCCAUCUCCGAACAGGGCAUGUUUGUUUAAUGAGGCUGAAGCCGAGGCCGGUUGGUUUUCGAUUGAGAUGUGGACAGAGCAAACAUGAAAGCCAUCGAGGCUCGGUUGCGAAUACAACUGCUUGAAGUAUUGAUUGGAUCAUGAAGUAAUUGGGAGCAUAUUCCACUCUGUCCUCACCUUCCAACCAUCAGGAAAUCUUGAGGCCGUUGGACAGCGCUCAUACUCACUCCUUUGAAGAAGAUAAUACAUGUCUUUGUUUCGUCUUUGUUGGCAGACAACCAGAAUGAACACUCCUAUUUGCGUUGUCCUGGUUCUUCCUUCAACUGCUCGGUGUGUCAAGUUGGGCUUCGGGAGUGGAACGGUUCGUCCUGGUGCUUUGGCUUUCUGAUCCAAUCCAUGAUGGGUCUUUGGUAAUCGGCACUUUACAUGAGUCACUCGGAAUCGCCGUGUCUCUAUCGGGCGGGUACUUUGAUCUUGGAUGGUUUCUUUGUGUCUUUCGUGGUGUCUUGUCUUCCACCCUCAAAGAGGUGCCAACGCAGUGCCGCCUUGCCCACCUCCCAGACCCUUUGUCAAUGUCAGCCACACUUCAACUUAUGGAUAUUG